AUGACAAUGCAGAUUUUCACAGAAAGAGUUAUGGAACUUUGGAAUGCAUUUGAAAUUCGGGUGUUGGUUUUAAUUAGUCUUCUACUACAAGUCAUCCUCAUCAUUUUUGGUUCUCGCCGAAAGUACAUUGCAAGAAAUUGGAUCAGGUUUCUUGUCUGGUCUGUAUACUUGUCCGCGGACUGGAUGGCGACUGUUGCCCUUGGAAAUCUUGCUAGUAGCGAGAGAGAUUCGGAUGAUAAGAGUUCUGAUCCUGAUCCAAAGAGUUUAAUCCAGUCAUUUUGGGCACCUUUUCUUCUCUUGCAUCUCGGCGGCCCAGACACGAUCACUGCAUAUGCAUUGGAAGAUAGUGAGCUGUGGUUAAGACAUUUUCUUGGUCUCGUAGUCCAAGUCGGAGUGGCUUGUUAUGUCUUCUUAAAGUCUUCGGGUACCAACACCCUCACAUUUUUGGCAAUUCCAGUGUACAUUGCAGGAAUUGUCAAGUAUGGAGAGAGGACUUGGGUGCUUAAGUCUUCAAGUACCGAGCAUAUCAAAAACUCUUUGCGCUCAGCUGCUCGAACACCAGAGGUUGAGGCCAAAUUGUCUAUUCCUCGAGAUCCUCCUGUUGUAUUGAACAAUUACCUUCAUCAAGCAUAUUACUUAUUCAAAAUAUCUAUAUAUCUCUUACAAGAUCUUAUACUCGGGGUUCCAGAACUAAAGGAUAAUCGCAAGAUUAUCAGUUCUGACAGGUCAUCACAAGAAGUUUUCAAGCUUAUAGAGGUUGAGCUCGGAUUCUUGUUCGAUGUGCUCUAUACGAAGGCGCUCCUAGUUUAUUCUCAAAUCGGAGUCAUUUUUCGGGCCGUCAGCUUAUUGUGCUCUGUCGCUGCAUUUCUUGCCUUCUUAAUCUUCGUUGACGUGCAUCCAUACCCAAUAGUCGAUGUUGCCAUAACUUACAUAUUGCUUGCUGGUGCUUUAGUUCUAGAGGUUUAUGCACUCGUGUACCUUACACUCUCCGAUUGGACAAUGGUUUGGUUGACCAAGUCUGCCAACCCACGAACCAAGUCAAUUCGGGAAGGUGUCUAUUCUCUUCAUACAAGGUUGAUCAGUGGCAAGAGGUGGUCUGGGUCCAUGGCACAAUACAGCCUGAUAGGAUCUUGCCUCAAAAUCAGGCUGGCAGGCAAGUAUCUGGAGCUGCUUGGAAUCGAUGAAUUGAUCAAGCAAAUGUACGUAAAUUUGCAAAACGUGGAUGUUAAUUUGAAAGAUUUGAUCUUCGAGCAUAUUCAAGAGAGAGCUAAAAAGAUUGUGAGGGAGGAUCAAUAUGACAUUGAGUUGCGCAAUAACAUAUUGGGUCAGAGAGGUGGUAAUGUGCUUGCAAGGUAUGAAAUUAUGGGUAGAUUCAGGUGGACCACAACUCAAGCAGAAUUCAACCAAAGCCUCAUAAUUUGGCAUGUUGCCACUAAUCUUUGUUAUUAUCAUGAUAUGGAUGCCCCUGAAUUCUGUCUAGAAUGCAUAUUUAGCAAACGAUUAUCCGAUUACAUGAUGUAUCUUAUGGUCAUAAGUCCCCAUAUGCUGCCCUUUUUUCAUGACGUAGAGUACAGGUAUCAAAAAACAUGUGAAGAGGUCCGGGAAUUUAUUGAUAAGAAAUUCCGAAGAGACAACAAGGCAUCAUAUGGUGAAAAGGAAAUUAGCAUCAGAUUGCUUCAAGAAUAUGAACCAGCAGCACCAUCUGAAAGGCAUAGAUUCGCCAAGUCCGCGCUGUUUCAUGCUUGUAGCCUGGCUAGGCAAUUGAAGUUGAUGGAAAUCUCCGAGAAGUGGAAGAUGGUAAGUGAAGUUUGGAUAGAAAUGCUUGCAUAUGCUGCGAAUCAGUGUGAAGGGAAUGCACAUGCUCAACAACUUGGGAGGGGUGGAGAGCUGCUCACCCAUGUCAGCCUUCUCAUGGCACACCUUGGUUUAAGCAAACAAUUUGAGGACAAACAAGCAGUAAGGGUUAAAUAUCGUGAUGAUAUAACAGGAAUGGAUGAUGUUGAACGGGGUAGUAGUGCUAAUGUCACUUCUCUUACUACUUCUGAUGCUCCUACUAUUUUUUUGAAUAAGUAA